CAACGAAACCCGAUUGCCGCGCCGCUCCCCGUGGAGCCCAAGUGGCGGCGAGGGUUUCCGCCGCCUCUCGUCCGCCUCGCCGACCUCGGACCCCGGCCUCCAUCCUCCUCGCCGACGAGAGCCCAAGUGUGCCGCUCCCCGUGGAGCCCAAGUGGCGGCGAGGGUUUCCGCCGCCUCUGCUCCGCUCGCCGGCGACAGCCCCACGUUCUCGACCGCCGUCCCCAGGUCCGCUUCCGGAAUCUCAUCCUUUGCGGGCUGAUACUGCUUCGCGCGUCAAGCCAUCACCAGCUGCUCCCUCCGUCUCCGGAACAACAAUAUUCUCUCCGACUGCUCACGACGGGAGAGCGGCGCUUCGGCGACGGCGAUCCCGGAACAGCAGAUGGAGAAGGCAAACAACACAAUGUUUUUCAACCAAGCAACUAUCUACUCUACUCCAAGUAUCUAAGGUCACUUUAGGCUGAAGAAUCAUUGUAGCGAAUGGAUUAUCAACAAUCAGAUGGAAUUUAUGACAUGCCAGAUGAACCAUUGUUUACACUAAAUUUGAGGUUGAGCCACAGCAAUGACCUGGAUAGAGUUCAUAAAUCUUUCACCAGCAAGAUUGAUAAGGCCCGAACGUAUCUCACGGGUAGGUUCAGAAGGAUUGUCAAGGUCAAAGGUUCUAAGAGAAAGGAGUUCGUUCUUACCCCUGAAGGCCCUGAUGUUUUUACCAUUGCUUUCACUGAUGGUACUAACAGAGUAACUGCCAUAAUUGAAGAGAGAAAUAUGUGGUUGAGAGGUUUCCAAACUGCAGACGGACACAUUUUUGAGUUUAAUGAUGAACACGGCAAUGAAGGGAAGGAUGCUAAUCUGGAUGACAAGACUGAUGAAAUGAAUAAUCAGUUCAAUGGUAAUGACAAAACAAGAGAUGAGGAGGUGAAGGAUGAGGAAGAGGCUAUAAAGGACCAAAAACUGAAGGUUAUAAAGGACCCAAAGAUGAAGGCUAUAAAGGACCGAGGGAUGAACAAGCACUGCAAACAAAAAGAAAAGAGCAAAGCAGCAUGUGGAUCCAAAAAGAAGCAAGUGAAUAGGAAAGACCAACUCAAUCCAAAAAAGUAUAUUAGAGGAUCUGUUCUCUUACGGCAUGAUAGCAAUUAUGGUUCUCUUCUUGGACCUAACAGACUGCCUCUGUUUCAAGUAGUAUACAGUACAAUGAGGGAUAUGCUGCAGAAUUUGGCUCACUUUGAUCCAAACAACUAUUCAGAUAAACACAAGCGCUCGAUGGCUGCACUGAUCAUCCAUACAGCUGAGACUUUGAAGAAUAAAUAUAUAUCAAGUCUUGUGUUAAAUUCUUUCAAUCCACAUAUUGGUGCAAGGCUUCAAGCACUGGAUGAUAUGGGAGCAGCACAUAUUAACGGGUGGUCUACAGCCUCUGAAUUAAUUUUGAAAUCCAUUCACCUCCCAUCAAAGGUUUGGGACUUUCAACAGCAAGAAUUUUCCAAGUGCAAUGAAUUUUACAAAAAUCAGUGCUGGACUACAGAUCCAAAUGUCGCAAUGAAGUCAAUUGUGUUUUUAAAAGGCGAUGCUUACACGGACAGUAAGCUUUCUGUUAAAGAUGGUGAUACGAUUACCAUAUCACAUAGUCUGUGUUAGAUGUAUUGUAUAGCUAGCUGUGUAUUUACUCCCUUCUUGAGGGUGCUUUCUUCAUAUUUGUAUUGAGCUUUGUGUAUAUCUGUUUGGCCCAGUUGGCCCAUUUAAUCUGUGGUCCAAUAUUUGCAACA